AUGACGCUCCACAUCCUAAAGCGGAGGCGUCGCACUGGCAGGUUUCCGCUGCCUGCUAUAGAAGACACAGACUCCGGAGGAGGAUACCCCUUCCGACUCCAGAGGGGUCCUGAACUCAGCGUGCGGAACGUGGAUGUGGACAUCUAUGAGAUAAGGGCCGCGGUCACCUCUGUUUGGCACCGCGACGUUCUCGACUCUCUCGCCAACACAAACACCCAUGUCCCCAUCAAGGCUUUCUUCAUCCAUCCGUUCUGCCACUCCAAUCGCAUCGUCGUACGACAGCGACGACGCUUCGUCAGGCCGACAGAUGCGCCGAAUUGUUGUAUCACCCUCUCCGACAUCAAGAGACUCCGACACCUAUGCGUACGAGAAGAAGACUCGAUGAGGGACGCGGCGGAAGUGGAGGCCGAACUUGCUCAAAUCAACGACGAUAUCGACGACUUCCUCUCCGAAGUUUCGCGAAACUCCUCCAGAGACGCUUCCACCUAUACAUCCUACACUGGGCCGUCUACAUACACGUCUUACACCGGCCCUUCGACGUAUACUACACGCACGGACAGUGUCUCAAACGCUGGAUCUGGGACGUCUGGCAACUUCCGCGCCGCAGCGGGGCCCAUGCCUACGACUGAACGCGGACCGCGAGUCCUCAGCACAAUCUCGGAGCACACAGAAAAUACACCAUCGAGACCCUCUUCGUAUCCUUCCGCCGGUGAUGCUAACCGGCUCUCAGCCCACAUCGAAGGCAUAGUGUCUCAUUCUCGCUCCGCCACGGAACCGUCUCAAACGACGCAGCCUCCGCGUCCGCUUCCAUCAACUCCCGGCCCCAAGGUAGUGGAGCGUAUUGCAUUCUUCGAGGACCGUACAGCGGCAUCAUCUGGCAGUCCCGGGCCAUUCUUCGGACACGCUAGGACGGGCUCGGCGCCGUCUGCCAUUCGGUCUCCUAGUCCUUACACGACGACACAGAGUCGCUCAAUGCCGACAUUGAGCAGCACAGCUUAUGGGUAUGGUAGUACAACAGGUUAUGGGAGCGCUUCAUACGGCUCUCGGCCUUCGUCGCGCACGGGCUCUGCGGUAUCGUACUCGGGCCCCAACACCACGAUGUCCUCGAUGCUAUCGCCGCCACCUCGCGCGCACAGUGCGCUCUCUUGGGACUCUUUCAAUCCCACGAGCACCGAGGCGACGACGCUCACUACCCGCACGCCCGUCUCCGCUACCACUUACACUGCGUCAGGUAUGGGAACCGGGACAUACACCAAUCCGAGUUCCAAUACGUUCUCCAAUACACUCUCAAGCUUGGACCCGACGACGACUACCCAGACGACGAGUACGCUUACCCCACGCCAGAUGUCACCGAACGACCGCACAGCGUUGAGCCAAGUGCGCAACGUGAUAAACCGGUGGAAGGAGCGCACACCUUCGAUGGGGAAGUCAGAGCGUUCUACGACGUCGCCGUCGCCCACCCAGAGCGAUGGUCUCUUCAGCAUCCGGCGCAGGGCUAGCAGGGGCAGCGCGAGACUGAGAGAUCGUGCGCUCCAGGCGGCAAACAGAAGCAGUGGCAGAAGGGCAAGCGACCCCGUCUCGAUGGCGGGCCUGGAUGAGAGCGGCAGCGGGGAUCUUAGUACUAGCGGGCUGCUUCCGCCGCCGUUCGAUAUCAAUGAAAUGGGACAGUACGCUGGAGCUACGGAGACUCAAGAGCCGCUUCGCAUUGGUCUCUUGUGGUACCUCAAUGUCCACGCCGCGCCGCCCUAUAGAUGGCAGCGCUGCCAGGCGCUCCUUUACCCGCACAUGCUACUGCUCUCCUGGAUCGCCGCGGGUGGUGGCCGCGGUAUCGUUACCUUGGAUCUGUUGAACUGUACGGAAGUGCAGUCGGCCAAGUCGCCUACGCAUCAUGGCGCGCAGGAGGAUGUCGGGACGAUGGCCGCAAUCAUGCAGAGCCAGAACGCGAGUACAGGCGUGGAGACGCAGUUGGGCGAGGCGGAGCUGAUGCAGACGCUCAGCCCGUUUCACUUGCACUACAGUGAUGGUAUCGAGAGGCUAGGAACGGACAGUCCGAGAGAGCGAGUUCGUUGGGUCAGCGCUAUUUGGGAUGUCCUCGAUCGUGCGGUAUCCAUUCCGGACCGCUCGGUCAGCGGCUCGCCGACUGGAUCGGUUCGUACCAUGCGUUCGUUCACCAGCACAGGCUCCUCGCGCUCAGGGACCGCGUCGGGAUCUGCGACGACUCGCUACGUCCCUCACAUCGACACAAUGCCAGACAUCUCGGACCUACAGUCAAUCUCUGGCUCCAGCAUUCGUAGUGGUUUGUCGCGCAGGCCGUCACUUGCAUCCGCCCAUCGCACACGUGCCACAGACGACUCGGCCGUUUCGAACCAGGCGUUCCUAUACCCCGGGGAUCCGCGUGUGAUUGGCCCAAGCCGAAGCAGCUCCAUCCGCCGCACCAGCUCCUUAACCGACCUCGACGAGGAGUUUGCGUCGGCAGUUCGCCGCGCGCGCGGUGCGCGUCCAGGAUUGGGCUUCGGUCUUGGCUUAGCAGGGGGUGUGCCCGUGGGCGACGGCUCGCCCGUGACUAUUUCUAGUGGACCAAGCGGUUCAAGUGGCGUGCCGUCGACGUCACCUUCGCGCGGCGGCCUGACUCGGUCGAGGGCUGUUGCUCGUCGAACCCCUAGGAGCAGCUCGCGGUCGUACUCCUCGUACGAUCGGAGCAGCGAAGACACUUCCGACAAGGAGAAUUCGGGGAGUUACACUCCCACCGCGAGUCGAUCGUACACCGAAGGCCUCAGCACGCUGGAGACCUACACCAGCUCAUACACUCCAACGAGGUCUUACACCCCUACGCCGUCGUCGUCGUCUUACACGCGACUACGAAACGGCGGAGGUAUGCUCAACGGAGUACGAGACAGCUCCCAAAUGCCCACCGAGCCCCUUUCGGAGUACGAGACGGCGGAGGUGUGUCCUACGGAACCAGGAUCAGAGUAUGUUACAGCGGAGGUAUGCCCGUCCGAGGUCGAGACGGAUUACAAGACGGCGGAGUGCAGUCCGUCCGUGACACCGACUGAGCUCUCGGGAGACGUGCCUUCAUCGGCUGAGGUCCCCGUUCUGUCUCCCUCUCCUCCUCUACCAUCCGAACCCGAGUCGUCCGUGGUUUCGAUCCCUGGACCGUCGCCUAUCCCGACAACUGAGUCUCCUCUUGCUUCUCUGCCCUCUGUGUCGACUGUGUCGACCCCGACGGAGUCUUCCAUCACACCUACGCCUACCGAUCUCCUCACGCCUACUGUCCCUUCCACAAUUGAGCAACCGUCAACACCGUCCAGCCCAGCCAUACCCGAGUCGCAGUGGGGAGUCGAGAGCGACGAGUCUUAUGAGUCGUCUCUCCUCAGAGCUUCCCCAUCGGUACAGUCGCUCGCUUUGCCAGAAGGUGCGGACACGUCGUUUGAGACAUCAUUCCUCCGGCCCAGUGGAUCGCCGUUUACGGAGGAAGAAGAUGUGAACCUAUUGACACCAAUCACGGAAUUGAGCACCGAGUCAGCGACGUCCGUACCGUCGUCGCCUUCCGAGUCAAUAACACCGACGCCAUCGACAAUCUCUCUUCCUCCAAGUGUCCCUUCGCCUACUCCAAUCUCGACUGAAGUCCCGCUUCCUACUGUAACGUUGUCCCGCACGCCAUCGUCGGUUUCUACUAUAUCCUCUAUCUCCAUGAGUUCGUCUGUGUUGGGGCCCCGAUCUCUUUUUGAUUUCCCAAUGUCGGUUGCGGAAGACGACAUAUCCACCGAGCCAUCCCUACUAUCGGUGAUGCCUUCGCCCACUUUGAGACCGAUUUCUCCGCGGGCCGUUCCGUUACCUUCAUCACCGGUUCCGACUGUUGUGCCCCCUACGCCAACAAUGAGUGUCAGUGUCACCACGCCGCGUGGAGACAUUCCGUCGAUUCGGUCGGGACUGGAAACUGUACCCUCCGAGGCUCCGAGUACCAUCUUGACACACGAUGUCAAUCGUCUGUUGCAAUAUUUGAACGACAUCGAUACGCAACGCGGGGCGGAAACCCGGGACAUGGCGCACAGCAUAGAAGAAAUCAGGCAACUACUGGAGGAGCUUAGAGACAACCAACGCGAAUUAUCAGUGACCCUCCCUCAACUACCGCCGCUGCAAGCUCCCCCGACCGUACGAGAGAUUGUACGAGAGAUCCCGAUACCAAUACCCGCUCCUGCACCAGAGGCUCCUCCCCCGGUGCCGAGGAAAGACAGGUCAGUCGGAGGAAGCAGCGUUUUAUCCUACACUUCCGCCGGCCCCCGAGAAUCCCCACGAGACACUCCCCGGCCCAUUCAGCCUCGUCUCAUCCCUAUCCCGUUGACACCGCCACCUAUGCGCAUCUCAUCACCCGACACGAUUUCGGAGACCAUGUCCUUCUUGUCGUCUCAUCAUUCGGACGACUUCAGUCUGAUGGAGUCUGAACCGUACCCCGCGAUGCCCAUGUCUCCCUCCUGGCCUUCAGAGCCGAGUUCCUCUCCCGAAUCAUCACCGCCGUCUGAACCACUGUCCCUGCCGUCGAGGACGCCUUCAUUUUCAGCUAGCCCUACACCUCCGCCAUCCUCUUCGACUCCUGCCUCGCCCACUUCCACUGUAUCCAGUGGUACUGCCAGACAAAUACCGCCUGUGAAUCUUACUAGUCUCCGCGACGCGUUGGCACAAAUCCGCGAGGAGAUGACAGCCUUGCAGACAAAUCAGGCUGCUGCAACUCACAUUCUGGAGGAAUUACGUUCCAGGCCCGUGGGCCAGGAUGUAUCGGAUUGUUGUCGCAGACUGGAGGAGGCUAUCCAGCGCAUAAUAGAGCAGACGCAACGGCCUCAAGCUCCUGCCCGAGACGAUCGAUCUGAAUCGUUGUACCCUUCGGGUUCGGAUACGUCAUUGCUGGAACAUAUAGCACGGUUGCGAGAUGAAGUUGGUCGUGACCUCCCCCCUAUACGCAUGCCUGUGCCAGUUCGUGCGGGUCCCUCCUUUGAUGAACGCCCGUGGUCUUUGAAAGGCCAAGACGACGUAUUCCUCGAACAUCUCGCCGCCCAUAUCCCCCCGCGGAGCCUUCUGAGACAGAAGGUGGGUAUCUACCUCAAGUGCCCCCCUCUGAACGCGACGUUCCGCGUGCGAGAACUCAAGACGAUGAUAUCGAUUUCUUGCGACGUGUUCGAGAUCUGCGACGGGCACGUCGUCCAGAAGCUGAGGACGGCUUUUUUCAACCAGAUGUGCCAGCGGCGGCCUCCAACGGCACCAGCGGCUCUCGGCGAUGUGCCUGCUGCACCGCAACAAGCACCAGGUGUUCAGCCUAUGCCAGGUGCACCUGCUCCUCCUCCCGGCGUCUUUGCACCUGCGCCUCCGACACAGACUGUCUUGCAGAUACCAUUUGACGAUAUCCUAACCCUCCUCCGCGACAACCGCACCGCGCAAUUAGCGUCCAUUGAUCAGAUCAGGGAGGUCAUGCGCUACUUGAGAGAUUUCAACGAAUGGCACGGGCGGGAUGUAGAAGAUCGACACGCCGAGAUACGUGGAUUGAACGCAAGAAUUGAUCAAAUUCGAGACAUGAUAUACGAUACCAUGGGUCGACGGGACACUUCUCGAGCACCAUCGGAACCGCCGGCUGUGCAGCCAGGAAUGCCCGGUGCAGUUGUUCCCCCUAUGCAAGCGCCGUACCCGCCCGGCUUCGUCCCGCAGCCAGGAAUUGGCUACCCCCACCCUGCAGAGGGUCCUGUGAUUCCGGAUGAUCGCAGGUAUGAGCAAACACCGUCGCCCGGUUACCCGCCAGUCAUUCCGCCGACUCCUCCCGGUAUGCCUCAGCCAUACAUACCCUCUGGACCACCCGGGGCAGGCAUCGCGCUCACGUUCCCCGUCACCGACAAGAGAGGGAAGAUACGCGGAGCCAUCGCCGUCGAGGUCUGGCAGCCCGGGACGAGCAUAUUCUCCGCACCGGUUGUCGUUCAGGUUCCUGGUCCUUCUUCGCCUCGGCCGGGGUCACCCAGGCAUCCCGAUGCACCUCACAUGGUCGUUUCUGCCCCGCCUCCUCAAGUUGCUCCGAUGCCAACACAGCAGCCAAUCAUCAUUCAGCCCCCACCUCAAUACAUAAAUGGUCAACCGAUGGCGCCUGCACAACCGCCACAAGUGAUUAACGUCCAGCCAAGUGCUCAGCCUGCCUCGCCUCCACGAUCAGAGUACCCGGAGUAUCGAUCGCCAACAGAGCCCGUCAUUAUCCGCACAGAGGGAUCGCGACGUCGUUCUCGCUCACCGUCCAGGGAGAGUCGUCGUCUGCACCGCGUCUCCCGUACACCCCCUCCGGUAAUCAUUCAGCCUGCUGCUGGAGCCGCCCAGCCCGUCGUGCACGUCGGUGCACCGGGUUACGGGCAGCCUCCAAGUCAACAGCAACUAGUCCCCGUCGGUAUGAUCGCUCUCCAAGUCCUCGAGGACGCGGUCGCGAUCGCCCAAGGACCCACCGUGAUUCAAGGUCACCCUAUCGUGACGACUACGAUCGCGAUCGCCCACGAAGCCGCCGUGAUUCAAGAUCACCUUUCCGCGACGACGAUCCUUACCGCCGCGCUGGGAGUCGCUCACCCGACGACCGCCGCUAUGGGAGAACGAGGACUGAUCAGAGUAGACGAGAUGACCCCUAUCACGGAAGGCCUUCUCGCCGAUAUGCCUCAAGGUCGCCCUCGCCUGUCAUUCUCCGCGUCAGAUCCGCACGUCAUCCGCAGGCACGGUCGCGUUCGCGUUCGCCCACUCUUGUCAGUGAACCUUCCCAUGUCCGUGUACCAUCGUCACGGCAUCCCCGUUCUCCGGCAUACGAGCCUGAGGAUCCAUACCGUCGUCCUGGACCCUCUCGUCAUGACAGACAAACGAGAUGCGUACGGGCAGCUCAAGACGUUCCCCAUCUCCAACUGUUGUUCCUCAUCGCCCACCGCGCUCCGAUCGUCCUGCAGGCGAUCGCCCUCCCCCAUACCCGAGGAAGGAACACCACCGCGUCAGGAGCCUGUCAUCCUUAGAACUCGUAGCCAACGUGAACCACCACCACGCCCCGGGUCAAGAGGUCCUACGUACAUCGAGAUGGAAGAGCCUGGAGACUACCCACCAGCGAGUCCGGCCCCUCAGAUUGUCCGCAUACCGACUGCUGGCAGAUCAGCGAGAGCUCCUUCCGCCCGAGUGCCAUCAGGACGACGGCUAAGUGAAGUCACUGUGGCUCCUACUUAUGGUGAAGGAACACCUGAAGGACAACAUAUUGAACUCCCAGGAACACCGACUGAUGUUGAGGAGAUGCACGAAGCAUACAGAGCGGCAGACAGACGUACUCCAGCAGUGUCUCGUGCUCCAACGCAAAGGACCGUCAGAGAGCCACGUGUGGAUGACUACGCGCCGACAGAAGAGUCCGUGCCAGUGCGGGUCCCUCCCCCUGUCUCAGAGGUUGCUGGGCCCGAACACGAGUACGAAGAAGAACCUGAGGAUCAUUAUGCUGCACCAUCAGAGGAACCAUAUGAGCGCAUCGCCCCUUCAAUUCCUCCCUCUGCCGCGCCUUCUAGGAGACCAACAGUCCGCCCUGGUUCCCCUGCUGCUGUGCAGCGGUACAGGGAGUCUGGUCCAGGAGCCCUUGGGUUUGAAGACGCCGAGCGCGAACGAAACGAACGAUUCGGGGAGCUUGAACGACAGAUCACGGAUACCCUCGGUAACUUCGAGGAAACCGAAGCAGCUCGCGACCAAGCAUUCCGAGGAAAUGAAGACGAGAGACAGCGCAUCUUCGAGGAUCACGAAGCUCGCCGUGAACAGGAGGCUGCCGAACGACGCGAUGCGGUGUGGGCGGAGCUCGAGAAUCGCUUGGCUGAUAUUGUGCAACAGGUGCCCUUGCCAGUGCCCCCGCCACCUGAGCCAGUCACAGAACCUGAGGUCGCGGAACCUGGCGAAGAGCCACCCGCACCAGAGGUACCGGCCGAUGUUCCUGUAGAACGACCGGCCGAUAUGCAGUCCGUGGUCGAGUCGAUCCGCUCCGUGGCACAAGACGCCGCUUCGCGUCAUGCUCAAGAGAUUCUGGAUACUGUUCGGCUGGAGCGCGAGGAGUUGAUGAGGGAGCGGGAGCUUGCCCAGGCCGAACGCGAUCGUGCACAGGCGGAAAUGGAAGCUGAACGCGCGCGUUACAACGAAGAGCGGGAGGCCCGGAUCACUGCCCUGGAAGAAGAGCUUGCCGCUGUUCGUGCGGAACUGGAGAAUGAACGUCAGCUGCGAAUGACGGAGGAGACUGAGCGUCGUGAGCGGGAGCGUACAGAUAUGCUUGAGCGCGAUGAAGCUAUGCGCGCCCAGCUGAGCGACAUCACCAACCUCGUCUCUGAGCAGCGGGAGGAGCUGCAGCGCAAGCGUGAACUCAUGGAACAGCAGUGGGAGGAAAAGCAACGUUGGAUGGAGCAAUGCAAUGGCACGAAUGAGGAAUUGCGCCAGCUCGUCCAACAGGUGAUCGACGACAGGGUUUCCGACAGAGCUGCCUGUGAUGCCGAUCGAGAGGCAAGAGCGAACGAUCCUUCCGUUCAAAGUGUCUUGGACGAGAUGGCGGCGUUCAGACGCGAACAGGAUGCGCUUCUUCGUGAGAUGGCCGACAGUUGGCGGACAGACUGUGCCCGGCAACACGAGGAAACCUUGGCUGCCGUCCGGUCAACUGCCAAUGAACAGAUCCCGUUCAAUAUCCAAGGAUAUCUUGAUGAAUUCAGUCGGUCGCUUGCUGCGGAAGUGCGCAUGCUUCUUGCUGAGGUCGGUAGGCUGCGAGAAGAGAGGCGCAACAUUCAAUACGAACUUGGUUGUCUGCUUACAAUGAAGUCGAAGAUCGGGCCGGGAGGCGAGUUCGAUCCCGAGUGGAGGCCGCCAACUGGGGCUUGUGCGCGUGAUGGUCAGCCAGGUGCGCCCUCCGAAGCACCGCCGCCAGAGGUACCGCCGCCGGACGAGCCACCUCAGCCCGCUCGUCCAGCAUGGCGCAGCGUCGUGCAACGAAGUAUUCGUCGGUCCCGCAGGUCUCAGGUUCCGCCACCGCCCGCGCCAGAGCCCGCGCCAGAAGUCCGACCACCCGUCGAGUCUUGGGCCACUUGGCUACCUAACCCGCAGUUUGUGCCUACCCCACCGCCAAACCCUCCGACGGCGCUGUUGGUGCCUGAGCAGUCCAGCCCUGGCUUGUUCGGGCCUCGCUCUCCUCGCUCUUCUGUCCAUCGGUGAUGCUACUGAACAAGGAUGUCAUGAACUCAUGCCCCGGCGGCCGCUGCGACCGUAUACUAAUAUCUGGCUGUCUUAACGCUUCACGAACUUGACGAUGAUGGAGGACUGACUCUGUAUGCCUGGAUUGGAUUUAAUUUACGUAUGCUGUAUGUAAAAUAGAUAUGACCGCAAUGUCUUGCAAUGUUUUCUCUAUGCCCG